AUGCUGGCACCUAACUCUCACCUGUGGCUCCACGUAGCUGGGCUCUGCUCAGCGGCUACCCCCGGGGCAACCGCCUCGACCUGCGGGCUAAUCCAGGUGAGGGUAUCCGUGUGCGUACCUGCUCACAGGGUAUUUUGGUCUCCUCUGGCUGGAUGGAUCUUCGCGUCGACAUCGUCGAGACGAGGCUCUGCCUGGACCAUCGUAGGAAGCCACCAGGUAAGUUCUUCUUUCGGUAAGUGAAUUUGCUUUGUUUCUUCCUUUUGUCUGAUAAAGUUCCGUGUUGUAUGCUGCUCUUUUUGCCUGCCCUGUACAUGUUAGUCCGUCUAUUAACAUCUAUAUGAAACGCUUGAUGCCUGCUGCAAAUGUCUGUCUGUCAGUCUAUGCCUCUCUCUGCUAAUAACUAGGUGUUACUGUGCUUGAUCUUGAAGGAUGCCCUCUCACUUCUGUCUCUGACUUAUGACUGUGUCUGCUUGUCCACUCUAGCUGUAAGUCCCAUAGCGUUCUGUUUGUGUGUAUGAUCUCUCCCACUUAACUCAAUCACAUCACCACCUAGAUCCCAGGCUAACUCGGGUCGUUCUCUCACUAACAAAAAGUCGUGGCCCAUAGUGGAGUCCGGCAGCCGUCUGGCAUAACCGGGCAGCCCUAUUUAGUGGGUGCUCUGCCUGCCCUCGCGAGGAGCAAGGGGCUAGAAAACGUCCCCGAAAAAUUGUUGGAAACCACGCUGUCUGUAGGCUGGCCGUGGCUGCAAACAAAACACACACGGUCAAAACAGCCAAAACCGAAAAACCAACAACAACAACAACAACAACAACAACAAUCACCCUCUUCCUCUCCAAUCUAUUCUUCUUCUUCUUCUUCUUCUUCUUCUUCUUCUUCUUCUCCUAGUUUUCACCACCGCAAUCGCCGGACCGGCAGGGUGAAUCCGCUCACUCUGGCAGCCUGGAAUGUUCGUUCUCUUUUAGACAAUCCGAGCGGCAACCGACCGGAACGUAGGACAGAGUUAGUGGUCCGGGGAACUGGCGCGCUACAAGGUGGACAUCGCCACACUCAGUGAGACUCGAUUCUCCGAACAAGGCCAACUGGAGGAGGUGGGUGCCGGUUAAACCUUCUUCUGCAGCGGUAGGCACAGGACAGAGCGACGGGACGCGGGCGUCGCCUUUGCCAUUCAGAACGACAUCGUGGGACGACUGCCCUGUUUGCCGCAGGGCAUCAACGAUCGCCUGAUGAGCCUCUGUCUGCCUCUCUGGGGAGGCAAAUUCGCCACCAUCAUCAGCGCCUACGCUCCGACGAUGACCAACCCCGACGCCGUCAGAGACAAAUUCUACGAGGACAUGCACGCCCGCUUGGCGACUGUGCCGAAGGCGGACACGUUGGUUGUCCUUGGCGACUUCAACGCCCGCGUCGGCGCAGACCAUACUGCCUGGAGAGGAGUGCUGGGUCCCCACGGUCUCCGCGGCUCAAACGACAAUGGUCGGUUGCUGCUCCACACCUGCGCAGAACACCGCCUUAUCCUGACAAACACGUUCUUUUGUCUGCCGGAGCGAGAGAAGGCCACCUGGAGGCAUCCUCGGUCGCGUCAGUGGCACCUGCUGGGCUAUGUCCUCGUCCGAAGGCGUGACCAGCGGGACGUGCUGGUAACGAAGGCGAUCGCGGGUGCUGACGGGUGGACUGAGCAUCGCCUCGUCAUCUCGAGGAUGCGUAUUCGCCUACAGCCUCACAGGAGACCUCAAGGUAAGCGACCCCCAGGUAAGCUGAAUACUGCGCUUUUGUCUUUGCACGCUCACCAUCUUCAUUUCAGCAAUGAGCUAGCUCAACGGCUAGACAACCUUCCAAUCGCUGCCGACCCCGCCGCUGCCAAGAACGCCUCCGUUGAGAACCGCUGGUGUCAACUGCGGGACACGGUCCAGUCGAUGGCGCUAGCCGUCCUCGGUCGCGCCCGCCGCCAACACCAGGACUGGCUCGACGACAACGAUGCCGCCAUCAGAAAUAUGCUUGCUGAGAAGAACCGCCUACACAAAGCCUACGUAGACCACCCCACUGAAGACAACAAAGCUGCUUUCUACCGCAGUCGCCGCCACCUUCAGCAACGACUGCGCGAGAUGCAGGACUCCUGGACUGCUCACAAAUCUGAGGCCGAGCAUUUCCGAGGCGUCCUCAACCGCCCCUCCGUCAUCUCCGACGCCGCCAUCGCCCGCUUGCCGCAAGUGGAGACCAACGCGGACCUCGGCCUCCCGCUGUCUGUCUAG